UCUCCCCAGCUGCAGGUGGCCCUGUGACAUCAGCAGAGGCUGUGUUCUUUUGCCCAACUAGGAGGACAUCUGCUCAGACCUUGGAAAGGCAUUCGGAGCCCAGACAGCAGAGCAGAACAUGGAGCUGACACCCCCGGCAGCCCUCAGAGGCCAGGGCUACAGCAACAGCAGCUUCCAGGGUGGGGACCUUGAAAACCAGGACACAUCAGGAGACAACUCAAUAAGGAAUAGAGUUGUGCAAAGUGUGGAGCAAGGAACCCCCAACCAGGGAGAAGAGCACAUCACAGUUGAGCUGGAUGUCCUAGGAAACAAGGAUGAAGAUGCGGAAGAUGACCAAGACAUACACCCAACAGGAUGUUUGGAAAGGAAAUAUAAUACAGUGUGUGAUUUUUGUACAAAACACAAAACCAUUCUUCGUUAUAUCAUCUGGGGACUAUCACUAGGGGGUUAUCUGGCCUUGGUGAUUGCAGCCUGCGUGCUGAACUUCCACAGAGCCCUCCCUCUCUUUGUGAUCACCGUGGCCGCCAUCUUCUUCGUCAUCUGGGAUCGCUUGAUGGCCAAAUAUGAACAUCGAAUUGAUGAAAUCCUGUCUCCAGGCAGACAGCUUCUGGACAGCCACUGGUUCUGGAUCAAGUGGGUCAUGUGGAGCUUGUUGGUCCUAGGUGUUAUUUUCUGGCUGAUCCUCGACACCGCCAAGUUGGGACAACAGCAGCUGGUGUCCUUCGGUGGGCUCGUGAUGUACAUUAUCCUGUUAUUUCUGUUUUCCAGACACCCAACCAGAGUUUACUGGAGACCUGUCUGCUGGGGAAUUGGCCUGCAGUUUCUUUUUGGUCUCCUAAUCCUAAGGACUAAGCCUGGAUUUAUUGCUUUUGAUUGGUUGGGCAGACAAGUUCAGACCUUCCUGGGGUACACGGAUGCUGGCGCUGUCUUUGUCUUUGGUGAGAAAUACACAGACCACUUCUUUGCAUUUAAGAUCCUGCCCAUUGUGGUUUUCUUCAGCACUGUGAUGUCUAUGCUGUACUACCUGGGAUUAAUGCAAUGGAUCAUCAGAAAGGUUGGAUGGGUAAUGCUUGUUACUAUGGGAUCAUCUCCUAUUGAGUCUGUAGUUGCCGCUGGCAACAUAUUUGUUGGACAAACAGAGUCUCCACUGCUGGUCCGGCCAUAUUUACCACAUGUCACCCGGUCAGAGCUCCAUGCCAUUAUGACAGCUGGCUUCGCUACCAUUGCUGGAAGUGUCUUGGGCGCGUACAUUUCCUUCGGAGUAUCUCCCACCCACCUGUUAACAGCUUCAGUCAUGUCAGCACCUGCAUCACUGGCUGUUGCUAAACUCUUCUGGCCUGAGACAGAAAAACCUAAAAUAACCCUUAAGAGUGCCAUGAAGAUGGAAAAUGGUGAUUCGAGGAAUCUCCUAGAAGCUGCAACACAGGGAGCCUCAUCGUCAAUCCCUCUGGUGGCAAACAUCGCUGCGAAUCUCAUUGCCUUCCUGGCCCUAUUGUCCUUUGUGAAUUCAGCGCUGUCCUGGCUUGGAAACAUGUUUGACUACCCACAGCUGAGUUUUGAGCUAAUAUGCUCCUAUAUCUUCAUGCCCUUUUCCUUCAUGAUGGGAGUGGACUGGCAAGAUAGUUUUAUGGUUGCCAAGCUCAUAGGUUAUAAGACAUUCUUCAAUGAAUUUGUGGCUUAUGAGCACCUCUCCAAAAUGAUCCAUUUGAGGAAAGAGGCUGGACCCAAAUUUGUGAAUGGAGUGCAGCAGUAUAUGUCAAUUCGUUCUGAGACAAUCGCCACUUACGCCCUCUGUGGUUUCGCCAAUUUUGGGUCCCUAGGAAUAGCGAUCGGUGGACUCACAUCCAUGGCUCCUUCCAGAAAGCGCGACAUCGCAUCUGGUGCCAUCCGAGCUCUAAUCGCAGGGACGGCGGCCUGCUUCAUGACAGCCUGCAUCGCAGGCUUACUCUCCAGUACCCCUGUGGAUAUCAACUGCCACCACAUCUUAGAGAAUGCCUUCAAUUCCACUUUACCUAGCAAUACAACUGGAGUGGUAACUUGUUGUCAAAGCCUACUGCACAGCACUGUAAUCAAGGGGCCUGGCCAGGUCAUCCCAGGAGGAAACUCCAGCCUGUACUCCUUGAAGGGCUGCUGUCAACUGUUGACUCUACCUGCAUUCAACUGCAGCUGGAUCCUGAAUGCAUUCUGAGUGUAGCCACUUUUCCAGUGGAAUGCAGUCUGCAGAUACUGAAUUUUGUGCUUUGGGGAAAAGAAAAGCUAUUGCCAGCAGAUUGAUAACCUCCAUCAUGGAAUCAAUUGGACUUGUAAGGAAAGGAAAAAGCAAGAGUGAACUCUUCAGAGCUAUAACUCUUUCCUCCAGCUCAUCCUUUUCCUACCAAGAACUACUCAUAGGUCCCAAACUGAGGCUUCAUCUCUAGUCCUGACAGUGCUUUGUGACCUUAGAGUUUAAAGACAUUCCAUGAGAACACAGAUAAACAUGUCAGCUUCCAACAAGCAGGCUAUAAUUCGGUCGUAUACCUUAGUAUCUAAAUGAGUCUGUGGGAGUCCAGAAUGACUUGUUUUCAAUACGUCUUCUGGUAAGGUCACUCUAGCUUACCUGAAAUACCUUGAACUUGAGUCUUACACAAAGAAAAUAUAACGAGCAAUCACUUACGCUGUGGCUACCCUCCAGAAAUCCUGCGUAAAUCAGGAAUUAGUCAGAAAAGCAUGGGAGCCCUCUCAAAACCAUGACUUAAGUCCCGUAAGCUUAGGGAAUUGUGAUCAUCAGUUUAAGCCAAGUUUUCUACAGAAACAAAAAAAUCCAACAAUGUCAGCUACUUUUAAGUUUAUCUUUUACAUAUUAUAUAUUAACUAUAUUAUAUAUGUAUAUAUUAUAUUAUACAUUUGCAAUGGCUGACAUUGACCAUAAUCCCUAUGUUGUCUUUAGUUCCAGGACCCUUGCUAAAGGAGCAGCCCCUGUGUGGGGCAUGCUGGUCUUAGAGAGGAAAAAGGAAAUUGCAUGCCAUGUGAUAGCUAAUUGCUAACUCCAUUCCACUGGGAUUCAUGCAACCUCUCUGGGCCUAUUUCUCCAUCUGUAAAUAAACAUAACUUCUCCCCUUAUUUUGUGAGGAUUAAAUAAAUUAUUGUCUUAGUCUGUUUUCUGUUGUUAUAAUUGAACAUCAUACACUGUGUGAUUGAUAAAGAGUAAAGGUUUAGCCUUUUGGCCAGAACCACCAGCUUCCAGUAAUUUGCCAAAAUGACUAACACAAAGGGCAAGAGGAGGGGAACUGGUAUAUGUUCUCCAGGUCUUUUAGAAAACUUGGGGUUGUUUCUUUG